CAAGAGAAUUGGGGGUCAGGAUCAUGAAAAGCAUCGGCAGAGUCCCGACCGAGGAAGAGGCCACAGUAGUCUUGGGAAUACUCUUAGCCGCAGCUUGCUGCCGAUGCAUGGUCCCGAAGAGCUCCGUCCGCUUCUUGAAGAAGACGAAGCUCGCCCAUAAUCAGGUCAAGUGAGUCAAGUGUUCUUCAGCAGCGUCGCUCUCCUCUACAAACACACAAGCCAGCGAGAAAAGAAGCCAAAUGGAAGGUCCAGGAUAUCUCGCAGUCGCAAUCCAGCCAGGAAAGGAUACGGACGAAAAGGCUUUCCAUGAGUGGUACAACACAGAACAUGGUCCUUUACGCCUCCGAUUACCUUUCAUUGAUACUGGAGACCGCUAUUCUGCUGCCGAUGGACAAAAUCCGCAAUGGUCGGCCGUAUACGACGUUUCAGAUUUGAAAUGGAUCCACGAGCGGAUUUACAGCCGUCUACGAGAAGAGCGAUCGAAACGUGAAAAGGCUGUGAUGAGCACAUUUGAAUCUCUGGAUCGUAAAAUUUACAGUCUGGUUUCUGUUCGCGGAAACUCUCCCAAAGGCCCUGCUCCAGCGACGAUGGCUGGCUCGUUGGUUGUGAGCGAAUCUGACUGGGACGAUGUCUGCAGAUGGUAUGAAGAGGAACAUAUCGAUAUCAUCUCGAAAGCUCCUGGAUGGAUCCGAACACGGCGGUUCAAAUUGGUCGUGGGUGGCAUUAGGGGUAUGCCUCCUUCGGGCCAAGUAGAGCAUCUCGCCUUGCACGAUUUCGAGCAGGUUCCCGAUUUAACAGGACCCGUUUUCAAGGAGGCGAAUAACACAGACUGGAGAAACCGCGUCGUAGGAAAGACUCACUGGAGAGAACUCCGCCUCUGGAGCCACCACCUAACAUUCGACGCGCUGGAAGAACCUCCAUCAUCAGUCAUAACCACCGACGGAGCAGAACUCCGGUUCCAACUCGAAGGCAACCCAGCCGACCCCGUAAUCGUCUGCGUAAACUCCAUAAUGACAGACCUCCACAUCUGGGACGACGUCUCCAAAUCCCUCAUCACAGGCGCCGCCUCCAAAGACGGCAAAACUUACCGUGUCCUUCGCUACAACCCCCGAGGCUACAACCAACAAGCCGAGCGAAGCAACGACACAACCUUUGACAUCCUCGCCGACGACCUCGAAUACCUCCUCCAACGCCUCAACAUCCCCAAAAUCCACGCCGUCCUCGGUGUCAGCAUGGGCGGCGUAACAUCCAUAAACUUCGCAAUCCGCCACCCCUCUAUGCUCGAGAAAUAUGUCGCAUGCGACUGUAACGUAGCAUCCUCUCCAGCCAACAGUCAAGCCUGGUCCGAACGCGUCGAACUCGCUCGCGAAAAAGGAAUGUCCGAACUCGCAAAAAUCACUGUCUCACGCUGGUUCACUCCUGCAAACGCCGAAUCAGAAAACGCAAAGAAAGUUCUCCCUAUGGCUGCGAAUGCAAACUUCGAAGGCUUUAGAUUGAAUUCUCUGGCGCUGAGCGACUUCGAUUUGAAAGCAAAAUUACAAGAAAUCAAAGCCCCGGGUUUAUUGAUCGCAGGAGAAGGCGAUGGAAAAAUUCCAGAGGCGAUGCAGAAAUUUGGAAUUCCAAACACGAAAUUUGUACAGAUUCCGAAUGCUGGACAUUUGCCUUUCUUGGAGAAUCAUGAGGCUUUUGUAGAAGCUCUGAAGGAGUUCCUGUAAUCAGGUGGACACGAGGUCGUCCGCAUGUUGUACAGCGAGCGUGAUUUAGGCAGCAAGUGCUGCCUUGUGCUCAUAUCGAUACACUUGUACAGCUUGUGUACAAACCUUAUUGAUCCUUCUCCGGGUCGAGCAUGCAUAUAUCAAGUCGCCCUCUCUCGUGCUGUCCAACUCACGCUUCAGUUCUUGUUCCUUCCUCCUCGCUUAUAUUGCUCUACCUGUACUGCACAGAAAAUGAGCUCCAUCACCCUAGAAACAAUGCAAUCGCCAACCCCAUCUCUCCCCGGCCUACCAGCCGAAAUCAUCGAAUUAAUUCUCAAGUUUCUUC